AAUCCCCCACCAAAAAUUUCCCAGUCUGGUCACAUAAAAUUCACUGCGUGGCAGUUGUGCGCGUUAGUUUUGUCACAAGAGGAGUCAUAGUCUCAUCUAAUCUUGUAUUCACCACCUCUUUAGACAACCUAGAGUCGUUCUGAAGGCGAUUGUGUAACAUUCGAGCCGAGUUUGGGACGUUUGUACGAGAAAAUCAGCAGCAGUUGUUGACCGUCCGUCUGCCAUUUUCGUUUGAAAUUUUAGUCCAACAUGGCUACGCUGGAUUGGGAGGUGGAGACCGACAGCGCACCAGGCCCACUGGACGAAAUCAGACCAGAGGCCAGAAAGCUGUGGAACGCGACCGUGGAUUCGGACAGAUUUGAUUCAGCUUAUGAUUCUGUCGGUGAUACUUGUCUCUCACAGGACUUUCAGCAGUGCUCGCUCCACUCGUCGGAAGACCAAAGUUCACAGCCCGCCCCGGUGGGAAGAGCAGGGGAACUGGUGGAAAGGUUGCCGACACAAAGGGAGGAAGAAACCUGCAAAUCCUGCCAGGACGAGACAGAAGAUGACUGUAUCGAACCAGACGAGGAUCCCAGCGAGGAACUACGGGAGAACUUGGCAAGAGAAGCCUUCUGCCAAGACCAAGACGGCGACACAACGCUUCACAUGGGUGUCAUUCACAGCAGACCAGAUGUAGUGGACCGAAUGUUGGAACUGGCGCCCUCCCCAGACCACCUGGACAUCAGAAACCACUUGCAGCAGACCCCACUGGCCCUGGCUACAGUGACAGACCAGUCUAAGGUGGCCAGACAACUGCUGGUGCACGGAGCCUCGCUAGACAUCCCUGACAGGAAUGGGCGCACACCCCUGCACCUGGCCAGCCUCAGGGGCAAUGGCAGUCUGGUACAGGCACUCACCACACCAGUCAGCUCCACAGAGGUGAAACACAGGCACCUCUCACGGCUGCAGAGGAUACCGCAGGACCUGGAGCAGAGGGACUAUGAAGGUUUCACUUGUCUUCACCUGGCUGCCUCUGAGGGACACUAUGACAUUGUCCAGUACCUCGCUCAGAUUGGUGCAGAUGUGAAUUCACAAGAUGGUAAGAGCGGCCGCACCGCGCUGCACCAUGCGGUAGAGAGGAAUGACAUCCAGAUGGCGAAGGUGCUACUGUUCGGCUGCAGGGCACAGGUGGAUGCUCAGAUGUACAACAGCUGCACUCCGCUGCACCUGGCAGUGGGACGGAGGGCACCAGGAGAUCACCUCCCUCCUCAUACAGGCUGGCGCCAACCCCAACCUAUCAAACACGGAAGAGGACACACCACAGGACCUUGCUGCAGGAGAUGACGACAUUGCCUCCAUGUUGUAUGAUGACAUCAGGAUCGGAGGACAGCCAGUCCACUUGGACAUGUGAACUUGUUUGACCUAGGGCCUAGGAAAAAUGUUGUGUUUACAUAGAGAAUCCCUACCUACCAACCCUAUUUUUUACAGGCCUGAAAUCGAAAACACAACAUUGAUUUUCCUAGGCCAUUAAUUUUACCACAUGAAGUGAGGAACAGCAACUGAUUUAGAUGUGUUAACAGGAUUUUUUGGUCUUGUACUGACAAUUUUGUACAGUGCAAAAUGAUUUCUGUGCACAGAUGUGUUUGUGAAAAAUAACCCAUUGUCAAUACAGGAAAGCUUUCUUUGGCACAGUUCAACUAAAUAGCCUCUAGUGAUCAGGAUCUAUAACCAUGGAUAAAUAGCUUUGUAAAUAUAAAGCAGUCAAAAUAAGAUUUGACUAAGGGAAGCUAGUCAGUUCUUCAUUGUGAAAUUUGAAAUAGCAUAAUGUACUUCAUGAGACCAAGUCAGUUUGAUGUAAAUAUGACGCUUUUUGCUACAUUCGGAAGAUUUAGGUUGCAGAUGGCUGCAUCUGCUGAGGUGGAGUUAUCACAUACUUGAAGUGUACUGCGGUACUACUGCCUAUAGAAAAAUGAUAAGAAAAAAAACAAUGUAUUAAAUGUAUGUCUAGUUGACCUAGCUGUUCAUAGGUGUGCACUUUGAGAUAAUAGAGAGAUAAGGAGGUCAAAACCUCCUUGGAGAAGAGAAGCUUGAAAAAUAUGCUGUUGUGUACUAACAUGUGCAUUUCACGCUCACUGAUGACGAGUUUCAGUCUGUUGUGAAAAACAAGGGAGUAACUACAUUAUGGUGUGAUCAGAGUUUUUGUAAUGUCCCUGUUUUUUUUAAGACAAUUUGGUUACUUUUAUUUGUACAAAUUUGAGUAUAUAUGUGUACAUGUAAAUAGCAUUCUUGCAUUAAUGACUUGGCCAGAAAAACACAGCAAAAAAUGUACUGGGUUCUGUAUUGGCUUCAGAAGUCACAAUGGAUCAAACUGAAUCUCUAAUAAGUCUUAUUGGUGUAUUUAAUGCAUAUAUUGACAAGGAAUUAUUAGCUGUACAACAGUCUGUUUUUGGACAAGAAAUUCUUGAAUUUAACUUCUUAUUUUGCCAUUUGUUACAUUUUUGAAAAUGAAUAAAGCGAAGUACAAAUGUCUA